GGUAACUCAGUAAGGGAUCCCAAGUGUAUAACUGGUAAAUCUAGCAGUAAAAUGAAAUAUGGCUGUGAUCCUUCCUUACUAAGCAUUGCUUAAACAAGGCAGUGGGGUUCCAUGCGGAAUAGAUAACACAUAGAUGUAAUGUAAAUCUUGCUCUCCAGGCCUGUUUUAUUUUUCCUGUUCUAUAAUUUGUAAUCAAAAAGACAUUAUUUUAUUCUGGGAUAGCCAAAAUCUCCAGAACAUAGCUAUGUGUCCCUAAAGCAAAAUGUGAUAGCAUGACAAGACCUUUUUCCUGGUUUAUUUUUCCAGCUUAUUCUCUUCUGUUUUUGAAAAAGUGAAUUCAAGGACUGAAUAUUUCCCCUUCUGCCUAAAUAGGCACAGUUAAAACUUACAGACGAUAAUCUUGACCCCUGUUAUAAUUUCAGGUGAGACACUUAGAACAGCAGAAUAAACUUCUGGAAACCAAAUGGAGCUGUCUGCAGCAACAGGAACCCAUGGAGAAGCAAAAUACUGAACAUCUGUAUCAGAAUUAUAUUGUGACUCUGAAGAAGCAGCUGGACCUUUUGCUGGAUGAACGGGAGCAGCUUAAACUAGAACAAGUCAAAUUCCAGGAUGUGGUUGAAGAAUAUAAAUCCAGGUAUGAAGGCGUAAUCAAUCGACGUCUGGGUGCAGAAAACGAAUUCGUGGUGUUGAAGAAGGAUGUGGAUUGUGCCUAUACUAGCAAGGUGGAGCUGGAGGUGAAAGUGGAUUCCCUAAGACAGGAGCAAGACUUCCACAGAUGUGUCUAUGAUACAGAACUGGAAAGCUUAGCAACUGCGAGUGACACCAAUGUUGUUGUAUCUAUGGACAACAGUCGCGACUUGGACAUGGAAGGCAUCAUUGAAUCAGUGAGGUGCCAGUAUGAAGAGAUUGCCCAGAGGAGCAAGGAUGAGGUCAAUGCCCUGUAUGAAACCAAGGUAAACAUCACAUAGGCAGGCAAAGCAUUGGUUGCCAUUGAA